GUACUCAGCAAUGUAUUUACAGGCAUCCUAACCUGUCCUGUCUGGAAGUGCUGAUACAGAUACUUUUUUAAAAAAGAAACUCCUUAGCCCUCGCCAUGGCACCUGCUUUGGGGUCCCGGACAUUAAGCAAGGAUGAUGUGAAUUACAUGUUACACUUUCGGAUGAUUAACGAGCAACAAGUGGAGGACAUCAGUAUCGACUUUUUCUACAAGCCUCACACUCUCACUCUCUUGACGUUCACAGUGGCUAGUUUGAUGUACUUCGUAUUUUCCAGGUAACCCAAUGACAGUACAGAGUAGACGGCUCAUUUGAUCAGCAAGUAGACCUAGUGGUUGUGAUAACUUGGCCUAGUAAUCUAACCCAAGUGUAAACUCAAUUGUAUAAUUGAACUACAGAAGUUUAGACAUUUUUAAUGUUCCUUAUUGUAAUAAAUACAAAAAUCAAGCAAACUUUUUUAAAUGUCACAUUUUAGGUUGACUGUAUCAUAGUAAACCUCACUUUAUCCUCUGAGAAUGAUGUACAUAUUGCAUAUCUCAGCCAAUGCUUUUUGAUAUCAAACCCUGCUCUCUCUGCCAGGGAGGAUGCAGAUGCUGACAACAACCUUCGAGUGGGUCUCCUGUUGAUUGUCUCCUUCUUCCUCGUCAUCAGUGUCCUGGCCUUCCCCAAUGGUACUCACUCAGUCACUGCCUUGUACUUGACAAUAGCCCAGCACCUGGUAAAAAGGGUGUCUGCAUGGGGUGGGUGGGAGGAAUGUUGUUCUAGUGUAGAUUAUUGGCCACUUAAUAGAUGUUCAGGUCUUAAAGAUUCAAAACUAGUCUUCAGCAUGGCCUCUUGCAGCAUGACAUGGUUUUGACUGUACAAGUGAAUGGGAUACCCACUGUUUGCAGUAUAUGCUACGUUAACUUUGGAAGUGCAGUAUAUGAGGGUUUUGGUAGAUCCACUCUGAUAAUGGUAGAUAAGUGUGUAAAUGCAGUAUUUAAUUUAACCACUUCAGGUCCAUUCACCAGACCACAUCCUGCGAUUUGGCGCAUGGUAUUUGGUGAGUAGGCCUACUGCAAAGUACAACAUGUCAUCAUCAGGGGAACUCCUCUAUGGAACCAUGUCCAUGGAACUCUGAUUGGUUCUUUCCUGUUGUUGUCAGGUCUGAGUGUUCUGUACUUCCUGUUCCUGGUCAUCCUCAUCUUCCUGAACUGGGCCCAGGUGAAGAGACUCAUGUACUGGGUGGACCCCAACCUGCGCUACGCUACCCGUGAGGCUGAUGUCAUGGUGAGUCAUUUUUAUCUCAAUAUGCUACAGUAUACAGUAUGGGGCGGCAGGUAGCUUAGUGGUUAAGAGCGUUGUGCCAGUAACCAAAAGGUCGCUGGUUCUAAUCCCGAGCCGACUAGGUGAAAAAUCUGUCGAUGUGCCCUUGAGCAAGGCACUUAACCCUAAUUGCUCCUGUAAGUCUAAAUGUGUAAAAUGUAAAAAUGUAUUCACCUCAUGCCAGACACCAUUUCAGGUGUAGUUGCCCCUACCAUGCUGAUCUUGGGUCAGUUUUGAAUUUUUCCAACUAAUGAUUAAGGUUAUGGUUGGGGGAGGGGCAGCUGUUCCUAGAUCUGUACUUUGGGGAAACUCAACCCUGGAGCUUGUAUUCAAGAUGAUCCUUGACUCUCCCUCCACUCCUCCUAGCAUUUAUCCUAUUACAUCCAUCCUUUAGGGCCAUGCCAUGUUUUUACAAUGAAAAGGUAGGCUAAGUUCUGAUGAAGUCUCCUGAGUGGCGCAGUGGUCUAAGGCACUGCAUCGCAGUGCUAGCUGUGCCACUAGAGAUCCUGGUUCGAAUCCAGGCUCUGUCGCAGCCGGCCGCGACCGGGAGACUCAUGGGCGGCGCACAAUUGGCCCAGCGUCGUCCAGGGUAGGGGAGGGAAUGGCCGGCAGGGAUGUAGCCCAGUUGAUAGAGCAUGGCGUUUGCGACGCCAGGGUUGUGGGUUCGAUUCCCACGGGGGGCCAGUAUAAAAAAAUAUAUAUAUAUAUUCACUAACUGUAAGUCGCUCUGGAUAAGAGCGUCUGCUAAAUGACUAAAAUGUAAAAUGUAAAUGUAAUGAAGCGAUCAGGUUUUGAGUUUGGAAAGCUCUCCAAUCCCCUCUGUGUGGUAAUAUAAUCCAACGAAAUUUGAGGGAGGCAGGGGUGCAACUUUGGUUUUAGAAGUGGGGGGGACAUUAUUAUUAUUAUUAUUAUUAUUAUUAUUAUAUAUAUAUAUAUAUAUAUAUAUAUAUAUAUAUAUAUAUAUAUAUAUAUAUAUAUAUAAUAUUUUUUUUUAUCCAGUCGGAUAAAACACUCCAAACAGCCUACCCGACCGCUUGGAGGCGUCUGCAUGGUCCUAAAGCACACCGUUGCCUCGUUUUGUAUCACAUUCCAAUGAUAAAACUGUGGGGGGGGACAUGUCCCCAGUGAAAGUCGCGCCCCUGGCGGGAGGUAAUAGAACCUUUCUGUAAGGUGGUGAACUUUAAGACAUUGAGGACAGAGCUACCACUGAGCCUAUAGGAUUAUUCAACACUGGGUUAAACGAUUGGCAUCAGCCUUCCCUGGAUGCUGUUGCCAUGUGUAAGUAUCACAAAUAUUUUAGUUAAACUGGCAUUGUUACAUAUUGACAAUUUAUAGGGUUACUGAUCUCAUCAUGCAAAAGCUGUAAAAUAAAGCCAAUGAAAUUCCUCUUACACCUAAAGCCUUGUGAACAUUGAUAUUGCAUGAAGAACACGUUUACAUGUACACUAAUUAUUUGAUAUUAAACUGAUUAUGGCAGUAGGCUGAGUAUGGCAUUAGUAAUUUAAAAAUGUUACUCUGUUUAUCUUCAUUGGCGUAAAGUCAUAAUCGAAGUAAACAUACGCCGAUUGAAACACCUGGAUUAUUGAGCAAUCUUUUGAAGUAUUAGGACAUGUAAAUACGUUCAUCUGAGUUUCAGCUGUGUAUUUGAUCUGCGCAUGUGCUAACACCCGCAGCGCGAGCCUCCCUCUUUUGCGCAAGUGAAGUGAGUUCGGACAAACUGAAAGUAUGCAUCUUAGAAAUAGUUUUCACAUACAAACUUUAUAUGUCCGAACUCAGAAUCAAAUAGGCGUCCCAAAAAUAACAUAGUCGCUGUGGUAGAAGCUUAUAUUGAUUGGCGAUUUUCUGCAUUUAUCAAGGUCCCAUCAGGUAGCCUGAUUUCAGAUGUGUCCAUGUAAACAGGAUUAAUAGGGAAAUCGGUUCUUCUUGCAAAGCAUGUAAACGUUUUAAUUGAACUAUUAUAUAAAUUAGAGUAUUCACAAUAAGCGUAUUAUUGUGUGCAUGUAAACUUACCCAUUGUCUCGUGAGGCCUUCCUCCCAAAUCUCGUGACUCAACUAUACGUGAGCGAAACCUGGGUGUCCGGAGGCUAGCAUCAUCAUGACUCACCAUACUGCUGAUCCACCACUGUCUUGUUAUGUCUUAUCUGCCUCUUUUGUGUCCAUGUCUUACCUGUCCUUUCUCCCCCUGUAGGAAUAUGCAGUGAACUGCCACGUGAUAACCUGGGAUCGGAUCCUGAGCCACUUUGACAUCUUUGCAUUUGGGCAUUUCGCAGGCUGGGCCAUGAAGGCCCUGCUCAUCCGCAGCUAUGGCCUCUGCUGGACCAUCAGCAUCACCUGGGAGCUCACUGAGGUAAAUAAAGGCUGCAUCCCAAAUGGCACCCUAUUCUCUAUACAGUGCACUAAUUUUGACCAGAACCAUAUGGACCCUCAAAAGUGGUGCACUAUAUAGGGAAUAGGGUGCCUUUUUGGACACACAAUGUGUCUUUGUGAAGUCCUGCUCAAUUUCCAACAACAGAUGUUCCGAAUCAUUCCAUUGGAUGUGCGCUCCGUCAAAUGUCAGCUCCUCAUUCACCUCUCUCUCUCUCUCGCUGUCUGUCUGUCUGUCUGUCUGUCUGUCUGUCUGUCUGUCUGUCUGUCUGUCUGUCUGUCUGUCUCUCUCGCUGUCUGUCUGUCUCUCUCGCUGUCUGUCUGUCUCUCUCGCUGUCUGUCUGUCUCUCUCGCUGUCUGUCUGUCUCACUCACUGUCUGUCUGUCUCACUCGCUGUCUGUCUGUCUGUCUCUCUGUCUGUCUGUCUGUCUCUCUCUCUGUCUGUCUCUCUGUCUGUCUGUCUGUCUGUCUGUCUCUGUCUGUCUGUCUCUCUCUCUCGCUGUCUCUCUCUCUCGCUGUCUAUCUGUUUCUCUCUCUCGUUGUCUGUCUAUCUGUCUCUCUCUCUCGCUGUCUGUCUGUCUCUCUCUCUCGCUGUCUGUCUGUCUCUGUCUGUCUGUCUCACUCGCUGUCUGUCUGUCUGUCUCUCUCGCUGUCUGUCUGUCUGUCUGUCUGUCUCUCUCUGUCUGUCUCUGUCUCUCUCUCUGUCUGUCUGUCUGUCUGUCUGUCUGUCUCUUUCUGUCUCUCCCUCCCUCAGCUGUUCUUCAUGCACCUGCUGCCUAACUUUGCUGAGUGCUGGUGGGACCAGGUGAUCCUGGACAUCCUGCUGUGUAAUGGAGGAGGCAUCUGGCUGGGCAUGACUGUGUGUCGCUUCCUGGAGAUGCGCACCUACCAAUGGGCCAGCAUCAAGUGAGUUCUCCUCCUAUUGGAUUCCUCCCUUCUCCUGUAGUCUCAUGACAGAUGGCACAAUACAGUUAACCAGUCCCAAUUAAACUACAUUAUUCUACUGAAUUUCUGCCUGCUCUAAUUAAGUGCAUGUGUGCUUUCUCAUUUACACUGAGUGUACAAAACAUAAGGAACACCUUAAUAUUGAGUUGCCCCCCCUUUUACCCUAAGAACAGCCUAAAUUCGUCGGGGCAUGGACUCUACAAGGUGUCAAGCAUUCCACAGGGAUGCUGGCCCAUGUUGACUCCAAUGCUUCCCACAGGUGUCAAGUUGGCUGGAUGUCCUUUGGGUGGUGGACCAUUCAUGAUACACACAGGAAACUGUUGAGCGUGAAAAACCCAGCAGCUUUGCAGUUCUUGAAACACUCAAACCGGUGUGCCUGGCACCUACUACCAUAACCCGUUCAAAGGCACUUAAAUAUUUUGUCUUGCCCAUUCACCCUCUGAAUGGCACACAUACACAAUCCAUAUCUCAAUUGUCUCAAGCCUUAAAAAUCCUUCUUUAACCAGUUUCCUCCCCUUUAUCUACACUGAUUUGAAAUGGAUUUAACAAGUGACAUCAAUAAGGGAUCAUAGCUUUCACCUGGAUUCACCUGGUCAGUCUAUGUAAUGGAAAGGCAUGCUUUGUACACCCAGCGUAUGAAUGUAAUUCUCUUUAUGCCUGUAUCUGUGUGUUUAACCUUGUUUGCCUAACUGUAUCUGAACACUCAUCGGUGUUACUUCCCAGUGUGUAAGUGUACCUUUCCCUGUAUAUCUGUAUCUAUGAUGUGUCUUCAGAGACAUCCAUACGACCACAGGGAAGCUGAAGCGGGUUGUGCUCCAGUUCACCCCAGCCAGCUGGACCUACGUACGCUGGUUAGACCCCAAGUCCUCCUUCCAGAGGGUGGCUGGGAUCUACCUCUUUAUGAUCCUCUGGCAGGUGACCUCUGACCUGGAAAUGAAACAUUAGUAUUUAGUGUCAGGGUUAGAAGUCAGAAUCCAUGUAUGUCAUUACUCUGUGUAUAUUGACUUAUAAGUCAUUUGGGAAAACAAAUGGAACAGUUGAUAUGUUUUCUAUGAUCUUGUCUUAUUGACGGUGACCUACUACAUACCUGAAGAUUAUGGGGUAGAUUUUAUGGUAUCUAAGCUGUGUGCAGUGAUGAUUUUAAUAUACAUGUUGCUGGACUACUUUACUUCCUGUCUGUCCUCCUUUCCUCUAAACAGCUGACUGAGUUGAACACAUUCUUCUUGAAGCACAUCUUCGUGUUCCAGGCGUCUCACGCUCUCAGCUGGUGCCGGAUCCUCCUCCUCGGAAUCAUCACAGCACCUACUGUACGGUAAGGGAGCCCCUCCACCACGCCACUCCACACGUGUGUUCUACAUUAUAGAGGCACAAGGGAGUUAUGACAGACAUGUGCAGUCUCUUAUCAUAUGGAAUUGAGUUGAAAUAAGUUUUGAAUGAUUACUGUAAACCUCCUUUCUUUUUAUCGUAAUGAUUUGACAGUCGUUUUUGUGAUGGCUGUAGAUAAACUGUAUCUAAUGUUCGUCUUCCUGUUCUUUCAGACAGUAUUAUGCGUAUCUGACAGACACACAGUGCAAAAGAGUGGGAACACAAUGUUGGAUGUUUGGGUGAGUCUCGUCUGGAUCCUCUAGUGGACAUUUCUAAUGUUGCGACCACGUCAUUGACAAACGUCUCAGAAGUGCUGUGGAUGGGAAAUUGGCUCACGUACAGUUUUAUUCAAAAUAUUGUAAAGAUGCUGUCCUCAUCGCAGUCCUAAGCUUGUGAUUGCCCUGACUAGGCUCUGGUAACCAUGGUGACCAGACUUGCUCUCUCACUAUUAAAUAGAAAACAAUGAGGCCCUUAUAUGCCCCUGGCUUCACCCCUUCAAUAUUAGAAACUCUAAGUACCCUCUGCAGUCUGGUGACUAGAAUUAAAGAGGAAAUGUAUUUAUUUUCUGUGACUGUGUGUGCAUUUUAACAUAGUGCCAUUAACAAAAAAAACAUAUAUUUUGCUAUAGAUAAUGCUUGUUGUAAAAUGCAAUUAUUGUUAGAGGUGAAUGUUUGGUGGUGAGUGUCCGUUAACAAUAGUCCUCCUGAGUGGCGCAGUGGUCUAAGGCACUGCAUCACAGUGCUAACUGUGCCACUAGAGAUCCUGGUUCGAAUCUAGGCUCUGUCGCAGCCGGCCGCGACCGGGAGACUCAUGGGUGGCGCACAAUUGGCCCAGCGUCGUCCAGGGUAGGGGAGGGAAUGGCCGGCAGGGAUGUAGUUGAUAGAGCAUGGCGUUUGCAACGCCAGGGUUGUGGGUUCAAUUCCCACGGGGGGCCAGUAUAAAAAAAUAUGUAUUCACUAACUGUAAGUUGCUCUGGAUAAGAGCGUCUGCUAAAAUGACUAAAAUGUAAAAUGUAAAUGUCCUUAUCUAACUCACAGGGCCAUAGCCUUCCUGGAGGCCCUAGUGUGCAUCAAGUUUGGUCAGGAUGUGUUCUCCAAAACACAAGCCCGGUCGGUGUUCCAGUGGCUUCUGUGUGUGGUAAGAGCCGUGUGUGUCUCUCUCUGUGUGUCUCUUUCUGUGUGUGUGUGUCUCUCUCUCUCUCUCGCGAUAAUAAAAAAUUAACAGUAAACAUUACACUCACAAAAGUUCCAAAAGAAUAAAUACAUUUCAAGUGUCAUAUUAUGUCUAUAUACAGUGUUGUAAUGAUGUGCAAAUAGUUCAAGUACAAAAGGGAAAAUAAAUCAACACAAAUAUAGGUUGUAUUUACAAUGGUGUUUGUUCUUCACUGGUUGCACUUGUCUUGUGACAACAGGUCACCAAUCUUUCUGCUGUGAUUGCACACUGUGGUAUUUCACCCAAUAGAAAUGGGAGUUUAUCCAAAUUGGAUUUGUUUUCUAAUUCUUUGUGGGUCUGUGUAAUCUGAGGGAAAUAUGUGUCUCUAAUAGGGUCAUACAUUUGGCAGGAAGUUAGGAAGUGCAAGGCUAUGCUCACUGAGUCUGUACAAAGUCAUAGAUUUCCUUGAUUUUGGGUCAGUCACAGUAGUCAGGUAUUCUGCCACUGUGUACUGUCUGUUUAGGGCCAAUGAGCAUUCUAGUUUGCUCAGUUUUUUUGUUAAUUCUUUACAAUGUGUCAAGUAAUUCUCUUUUUGUUUUCUCAUGAUUUGGUUAGGUCUAAUUGUGUUGCUGUCCUGGGGCUCUGUGGGGUCUGUUUGUGAGCAGAGCACCAGGACCAGCUUGCUUAGGGGGCUCUUCUCCAGGUUAAUUUCUCUGUAGGUGAUGGCUUUGUUAUGGAAGUUUGGGAAUCGCUUCCUUUUAGGUGGUUGUAGAAUUUAACGGCUCUUUUCUGGAUUUUGAUAAUUAGCGGGUAUCUACCUACAGUUGAAGUCGGAAGUUUACAUACACCUUAGCCAAAUACAUUUCAACUCAGUUUUUUUACAAUUCCUGACAUUUAAUCCUAGUAAAAAUGCCCUGUCUUAGGUCAGUUAGGAUCAACACUUUAUUUUAAGAAUGUGAAAUGUCAGAAUAAUAGUAGAGAGAAUGAUCUAUUUCAGCUUUUAUUUAUUUCAUCACAUUCCCAGUGGGUCAGAAGUUUACUCAAUUAGUAUUUGGUAGCAUUGCCUUUAAAUUGUUUAACUUGGGUCAAACGUUUCGGGUAGCCUUCCACUAGGUUCCCACAAUAAGUUGGAUGAAUUUUGGCCCAUUCCUCCUGACAGAGCUGGUGUAACUGAGUCAGGUUUGUAGGCCUCCUUGCUCGCACACGCUUUUUCAGUUCUGCCCACAGAUUUUCUACAGGAUUGAGGUCAGGGCUUUGUGAUGGCCACUCCAAUACCUUGACUUUGUUGUCCUUAAGCCAUUUUGCCACAACUUUGGAAGUAUGCUUGGGGUCAUUGUCCAUUUGGAAGACCCAUUUGCAACCAAGCAUUAACUUCCUGACUGAUGUUGCUUCAAUAUAUCCACAUAAUUGUCCUUCCUCAUGAUGCCAUCUAUUUUGUGAAGUGCAGCAGUCCCUCCUGCAGCAAAGCACCCCCACAGCAUAAUGCUGCCACCCCCGUGCUUCACGGUUGGGAUGGUGUUCUUCGGCUUGCAAGCGACCCCCUUUUUCCUCCAAACAUAACGAUGGUCAUUAUGGCCAAACAGUUCUAUUUUUGUUUCAUCAGACCAGAGGACAUUUCCAAAAAGUACGAUCUUUGUCCCCAUGUGCAGUUGCAAACCGUAGUCUGGCUUUUUAAUGGAGGUUCUGGAGCAGUGGCUUCUUCCUUGCUGAGCGGCCUUUCAGGUUAUGUCGAUAUAGGACUCGUUUUACUGUGGAUAUAGAUACUUUUGUAAAUGUUUCCUCCAGCAUCUUCACAAGGUCCUUUGCUGUUGGUCUGGGAUUGAUUUGCACUUUUCGCACCAAAGUACGUUCAUCUCUAGGAGACAGAACGCGUCUCCUUCCUGAGCGGUAUGAUGGCUGCGUGGUCCCAUGGUGUUUAUACUUGCUUACUAUUGUUCGUACAGAUGAACGUGGUACCUUCAGGCAUUUGGAAAUUGCUCCCAAGGAUGAACCAGACUUGUGGGGUCUACAUUUUUUUUCUGAGAUCUUGGCUGAUUUCUUUUGAUUUUCCCAUGAUGUCAAGCAAAGAGGCACUACGUUUGAAGGUAGGCCUUGAAAUACAUCCAUAGGUACACCUCCAAUUGACUCAAAUUAUGUCAAUUAGCCUAUCAGAAGCCAUGACAUCAUUUUCUGGAAUUUUCCAAGCUGUUUAAAGGCACCAUCAACUUAGUGUAUGUAAACUUCUGACCCACUGGAAUUGUGAUACAGUGAAUUAUAAGUGAAAUAAUCUCUCUGUAAACAAUUGUUGGAAAGAUUACUUGUGUCAUGCACAAAGUUGAUGUCCUAACCGACUUGGCAAAACUAUAGUUUGUUAACAAUACAUUUGUGGAGUGGUUGAAAAACGAGUUUUAAUGACUCCAACCUAAGUGUAUAUAAACUUCCGACUUCAACUGUAUGCACGCACAACUUUUCCGUUAUUUAUUUUGUAGAAUUUUUUGAAACAAGUUAUUUUUUUCAUUUCACUUCACCAAUUUGGACUAUUUUGUGUAUGUCGCUUAUAUGAAAUCCAAAUAAAAAUCCAUUUAAAUUACAGGUUGUAAUGCAACAAAAUAGGAAAAACGCCAAGAGGGAUGAAUACUUUUGCAAGGCACUGAAAGGGCCAAAAAGAUUGGAGAAGUGGUUUAUCCAUACAUCUCCGUUUUGGAUAGAUAACUCUUCAUUGUCAUUGUUGUUAUUUUCUUAGGUUGUCUGCUUGAAAUGUUUAGAUUUGGUAGGGAAGCUGAGAGGUCAAAUGUACUGUUUAGGUUUUCUACUGCCAGGUUUACACCUUCACUAUUACAGUGAAACAUUUUGUCUCGGAAAUUGUCUAGAAGGGAUUGAUUUUGUUGUUGCCUAAUAGUUUUUUGGUAGAUUUCCACACUAUUUUCUUUCCUGCUAUAGCAUUUCUUAAUAUUAUUCCGUUCCUUUGGCUUUGAUGCCUCAUGAAUGAGCAUAGCUCUGUUCAAGUAGAGUGUGAUUUUGCUGUGAUCUUAUAGGGGUGUCAGUGGACUGACUGAUCACUCUAAGAGACUGGGUUGAGGUCAUUAAUAAAGUAGUCUACAGUACUUAUUCGGAUGGUCCUCUGUAGCUCAGCUGGUAGAGCACGGCGCUUGUAACGCCAGGGUAGUGGGUUCGAUCCCCGGGAUCACCCAUACACAAAAAAAAUGAUGCACGCAUGACUGUAAGUCGCUUUGGAUAAAAGCGUCUGCUAAAUGGCAUAUUAUUAUAUUAUUAUACUACUGCCAAGACAUGAGCUAUAUGUGUACCUACCGUAGGAAUCCCCUCGAGGCCUACCAUUGACUAUGUACAUACCCAGCAUCCGACAGCGCUGCAGGAGUUGUGACCCGUUUUUGUUGGUUAUGUUGUCGUAGUUGUGUCUAGGAGGGCAUACAGUGAGGGGGGAAAAAGUAUUUGAUCCCCUGCUGAUUUUGUACGUUUGCCCACUAACAAAGAAAUGAUCAGUCUAUAAUUUUAAUGGUAGGUUUAUUUGAACAGUGAGAGACAGAAUAACAACAAAAAAAUCCAGAAAAACGCAUGUCAAAAAUGUUAUAAAUUGAUUUGCAUUUUAAUGAGGGAAAUAAGUAUUUGACCCCCUCUCAAUCAGAAAGAUUUCUGGCUCCCAGGUGUCUUUUAUACAGGUAACGAGCUGAGAUUAGGAGCACACUCUUAAAGGGAGUGCUCUUAAUCUCAGCUUGUUACCUGUAUAAAAGACACCUGUCCACAGAAGCAAUCAAUCAAUCAGAUUCCAAACUCUCCACCAUGGCCAAGACCAAAGAGCUCUCCAAGGAUGUCAGGGACAAGAUUGUAGACCUACACAAGGCUGGAAUGGGCUACAAGACCAUCGCCAAGCAGCUUGGUGAGAAGGUGACAACAGUUGGUGCGAUUAUUCGGAAAUGGAAGAAACACAAAAUAACUGUCAAUCUUCCUCGGCCUGGGGCUCCCUCGGCCUGAGGAAUCAGCCCAGAACUACACGGGAGGAUCUUGUCAAUGAUCUCAAGGCAGCUGGGACUAUAAUCACCAAGAAAACAAUUGGUAACACACUACGCCGUGAAGGACUGAAAUCCUGCAGCGCCCGCAAGGUCCCCCUGCUCAAGAAAGCACAUAUACAGGCCCGUCUGAAGUUUGCCAAUGAACAUCUGAAUGAUUCAGAGGAGAACUGGUUAAAGUUAAAGUGUUGUGGUCAGAUGAGACCAAAAUCGAGCUCUUUGGCAUCAACUCAACUCGCCGUGUUUGGAGGAGGAGGAAUGCUGCCUAUGACCCCCAAGAACACCAUCCCCACUGUCAAACAUGGAGGUGGAAACAUUAUGCUUUGGGGGUGUUUUUCUGCUAAGGGGACAGGACAACUUCACCGCAUCAAAGGGACGAUGGACGGGGCCAUGUACCAUCAAAUCUUGGGUGAGAACCUCCUUCCCUCAGCCAGGGCAUUGAAAAUGGGUCGUGGAUGGGUAUUCCAGCAUGACAAUGACCCAAAACACACGGCCAAGGCAACAAAGGAGUGGCUCAAGAAGAAGCACAUUAAGGUCCUGGAGUGGCCUAGCCAGUCUCCAGUCCUUAAUCCCAUAGAAAAUCUGUGGAGGGAGCUGAAGGUUCGAGUUGCCAAAGGUCAGCCUCGAAACCUUAAUGACUUGGAGAAUAUCUGCAAAGAGGAGUGGAACAAAAUCCCUCCUGAUAUGUGUGCAAACCUGGUGGCCAACUACAAGAAACGUCUGACCUCUGUGAUUGCCAACAAGGGUUUUGCCACCAAGUACUAAGUCAUGUUUUGCAGAGGGGUCAAAUACUUAUUUCCCUCAUUAAAAUGCAAAUCAAUUUAUAACAUUUUUGACAUGCGUUUUUCUGGAUUUUUUUGUUGUUAUUCUGUCUCUCACUGUUCAAAUAAACCUACCAUUAAAAUUAUAGACUGAUCAUGUCUUUGUCAGUGGGCAAACGUACAAAAUCAGCAGGGGAUCAAAUACUUUUUUCCCUCACUGUAUGGGGGAGGGAAUGCUGUCACCUCCAGGUAGGUGUUUGUCCCACUGAGGGUGUCAGGUUCUUGUCCAGUUCUGGUAUUUAGGUCGCCACAGACUAGUACAUGUCCCUGGGCCUGGAAAAGGUUGAUCUCCCCCUCUAGAAUGGAGAAGCUGUCAUCGUUAAAGUAUGGGGAUUCUAUUGGGGGAAUAUAGGUAGCACACAAGGACAUUUUUCUCUGUUAAGAUAAUUUCCUUAUUAAUUUCUAGCCAGAUGUAAAAUGUUCCUUUUUUGACUAAUUUAAUAGAAUGGGUUAGGUCUGCUCUAUAACAAAUUAGCCUACCCCCUGAGUCUCUUCCCUGUUUCACACCUGGUAGUUUGGUUGAUGGGACUACCAGCUCUCUGUAACAUAGAGGGCAACCAGUGGGUCCGUCUCCUUUAUACCAUGUUUCUUGUAGAAUGACAAUGUCUGUAUUUCAAAUUUCUUUGAUGAAUUCUGGGUUCCUGCUCUUUAGGCCAAAGGCAGAUGACCUCAGACCUUGUAUAUUCCAGGAUGAGAUAGUAAAAUCUUUGUGUUCCAUAGUGUCUAGUGUUGUUUUUGUGUGGUUUAGACCCGGACCAUAACAGUAGGUGUGAGCAGAGCAUGUUGAGCACGGCCUGUGCAUAUGUUCUGUCUCUGUCUCUGUCUCUCUCUCUCUCUCUCUUUGUGUGUCUCUCUCUCUCUCUGUGUGUCUCUCUCUCUCUUUGUGAGUGUGUGUCUCUCUUUCUCUGUGUUGUGUGUGUCUCUCUCUCUCUCUCUCUGUGUGUGUGUCUCUCUGUGUGUGUGUCUCUCUCUCUUUGUGUGUGUGUCUCUCUGUGUGUGUGUGUGUGUGUCUCUCUCUCUGUGUUUGUGUGUGUCUCUCUCUCUCUGUGUGUGUCUCUCUCUCUUUGUGUGUGUGUGUCUGUGUGUGUGUGUGUGUCUCUCUCUCUCUGUGUCUCUCUUUGUGUGUGUGUCUCUGUGUGUGUGUGUCUCUCUGUGUUUGUGUGUCUCUCUCUCUCUCUCUCUCUCUCUGUGUGUGUGUGUGUGUCUUUCUCUCUCUGUGUGUGUCUCUCUCUCUCUCUCUUUGUGUGUGUGUCUGUGUCUCUCUCUCUCUUUGAGUGUGUCUCUGUGUGUGUGUGUGUGUGUGUGUGUGUGUGUGUGUGUGUGUGUGUGUGUCUCUCUCUCUCUGUGUGUGUGUCUCUCUCUGUGUGUCUCUCUCUCUCUCUGUGUGUCUCUCUAUUUGUGUGUGUGUGUCUCUCUGUGUGUUUGUUUGUGUCUCUCUCUCUAUGUGUUUGUGUCUCUCUCCCUGUGUGUGUCUCUCUCUUUCUGUGUGUCUCGCUCUCUGUUUGUGUGUGUGUGCGUAUGCGAACAUGUGUUUACCUUAAACAAUUCUCCCUGCUCCAAUUCUUGUACCUCAAGUGUCCAUAACAAUGACGUGUUAUUUAGGCUGUGUAAUACCAUUGGGAUGCUCUGACAUAUGACUGCUAUGUGGGAGGUGAGUGCUCUCCAUUGUGGUGUCAGUGCUCUCUACAUCUCUACGUCUCUCUCUCUAUAGGCCUUCAUUACACUUCUCUGUCUGUAUGGGAUGGUGCGGUAUGAGCAGAAGUAUGAGCCUGAGUUAAAGGUAAGCCCAUAGUCAACUGUUGCACAGAAAGACUACAUUCGCCAUAAGUCUUUGUCCAGUUUGGUCUAUUUAGUUGUUAUUUUUGUCUCCGACUGAGUAUCAAGAAUCCCUCUUUUCUAGAGCGUCUCUGAGCAUGAGGAUGGUAACCUAAUAGACUUGUGUGGUUACUUCCCUGAUGAUAUCACAGGUAAGCAUCAGAGUCAAGUGGAAUGUAUUUUUAUACAUAAAGCAUUGUAUUUGCUGAUGUUCAUCAAGGAGCAUAUUUCCUGUUUGUCCUAUUGUAGGUGAGAGAGACUCUCGGAAUAACUCAGCCAGCCAAUCUAAACGAAGGAGAGGCUCUGGGAGAACCAAAGCUGUCAAUGGACACGAUGAUUAAAAAAAAUGAGAGCCAAUGAAGGGACUACAUCCCUACUGCACACACCAACUCUGUGGGGAGAUGGAAGGAGGAUAAUUUGGGAGAGAAGGUUCAAGAGGUGGGGAUAUUACAUUGGUUGAAUAGGUGGUUGAAGAACAGUGAGAAAGUAAAUGAAGCAUAAACUGAAUGGAAAAGGCUGAGCCGAGAGCUUUACUACAUUUACGUUUAAAACAUUUAGCAGACGCUCU